UCCCAACACUCCUUCACUAUACAAACAUCAACAGCCGAAGCUCUUAUCUUCUUCAUUUCAAGGGCAGAGGCAUUCAUGGCUUCCUCAACCAAGCUCCUUUCUCUUCUUCUUCUCAGUCUUUUCUUCAUUCAAAUCCAUGGCAGAGAAAGCAACUUCUUCAGCAAAGUACCCAACAACAAUGGCGAAUCCCAAAUCCCCAACAAAGUCGACCCUUUAACAAACUCAGAAAAAACCACCAACCCACAAGAUCAAGACCCCAAUUUUAUCCCUCAAACCCAAGACAACGGCUAUGGUCUCUACGGUCACGAAUCCGCCCAAUUCUCUACUUCCGACGCUAAAUUCUCCGAUCCCAACGCUAGAACCGGCGGCCGACCGUUUACUACCACCACUACCUACGAUGACGGCGAGAACAACUACAAAAGAAACGACGACGUUUCUUACAAAUCUGAGUCAGAGGAGUACUACAACUACAACAACAAUUACAACAACGACAAUUUCCAAAACAGCAACUGGAAAAAACCGUACGAGAAUUCGUUUUACUACAACAAGGAUCUUUACGACAACCGACGACAAAGCUUCCAAAACACCCGCCUAUCUCGAAACGAGUAUGCAACAACAACAACUCCUUCAUACGACGAGGAAAAAUACAACGACGACAACAACAACAAUUUCUACGUCAACAACCGCGAUGACAAUGAGAACAACAUGGCUCGACAAGGGAUGAGCGACACGAGAUUCAUGGAGAACGGAAAGUACUUUUAUGACCUCAACAGGGAGCCUCAGCAUCAAAGCAGGCCGAGCCGGAAUAAUUUCAGAAACAACAACAACUACAACACGAACCAAUACGGUAAUUCCAUGGGAAGGUAUCAGAAUGAUGAGACAGAAUUCCAAGAGGAAUCCGAUGAGUUCGUGCCAUAAAUGUCCGUCACCACUACUAAAUUAUCAAAAUUAUAUAUUUACUUGUGCAUGGGAAUGUAUGUCCUGACUUCAUAUUUAAUUCUGUUUCGUUCUCCAGCAAAGAUCAUAUAUAAAUGUGGUAGCUUCUUCAUCUUU